ACCUCGUGACAGGUCAGCGUAGGGAUAUAUUUUCUAUAAGUCCAUUAAUACUACAGCAUAUUUCGUUCAGAAUUUUUUGAAUUUAAGGAAUGUUGUUCUUAUGCUUCACUUUAAUUGUUUAAUAAGUAAUAAGCAAAUGCUUGUAGUUAAUGUUAAAACGAACUAAAUAUAAGUCUUGCGGUAUACAUAUUGAAUGAAGAUGACUGGCAGCAGAUUUUUCAAAGUGCAAUCGGUCUGAACACAUCGUAGUGUAUGAGAACUUCACGCAUUUGUAAAGCCAUAGAUUAAAAGCUUUCAAUUACAACAGUGCAAUUUUGGCUGUUAUUUGAAAUCAUAUUUUAGGCAAACGGAGAUCUGUGAAAUAGUGAUCUAUUACAUACAAAAAUUUACAUAAAAUCCGUAACAAAAUAUUAAUUAUGCUCAGAUGCUACGCUAAUUAGACUGACUCUUCAAAAAAAGUAUAAAAUACUUACUGAAUAAUCAAAACCUUUAGAAAUGGUUCAAAGAUAUAAAUCUAUCAAAUUUUGAUUGUUGGGGUACUAUGGAUUUCAAUCUAAAAACGUUUAUUUAAUCAAUACACGUGAGACGUAUGUGAAUUUAGCGAAUGGUUAUACUAGAAAUGACAAUAUUUACAAUAGUAUCCUCAAAAAUAAAACAUUGUUUGAAAUCGUUUCCUAAUUCCAUACUUAAUGGGGUGUAAGCUAAAAAUUGUUCUUUUACUUGGACUUCCGUAAAAAAAAAACUGUUUUACGGUCAAAUGGCAAACGAAAGCUGACGGGAAUGUCGUUAGCGUAUGUGUCGCGUAUGCUUAGUCCUUUGGUGCUUAUCGUUAUUAGCGUUUUCUUCGUGCCGCUUCGUGUGAUGUUUGCGUGAAUGCGGUAACUAGAUUCAAGCUCCGCUUCCAUGCCGAUUCUCGCAAGUUCGACGCGGUCGAACGUAGUGUGUGACGUUUGACGAAGUAGCCUGAAUUUCGAAUUUUGCUCCCCAGCAAACAGUCUGAUAACGUCAUGCACUACAGCCAAUAAGCGUGUUACGGAAAACCUGUAAAAACGCGUUCAGUCGCUUCAACGACUUCGGAGGGUUUCACUUUAAGCUGUUGGAAGUCAGUUCGGCCAUGUGUAGCGUUUGUGCGCUACGUUCGGGAUAAGCCGAUGAUUGUAGGGGAGUUGCAACGUAACAAACCCCCAGUCUCGAAUUGCUUUUAAGGGACAGCUGACCACUGAUUAGAUCAUUUGCGUUGGAACAGGUGCGACAUGAUGCUUCAACGGAAAGCGACGCGUUUUUCGCUGACAGCAUCUUUGAUACUUAGUGUAGCGAUUUUCGUACUCCUCACCACUAAAGCUCUGGCCUUACAAGUAGCAUCGAAGGCGUACGAGCCCUCAUCUACUGCUAGCCGAUUAUUCAUGUCACCAACUUCGGCACCUUUACUGAAUGACCAUACUCGUCCCGCAUCGCCCUUCCGAGAUGUUCACGCGAGAAACCUGCACUCAAAACUUUCAAGCCUCUCUCGUGAUAGUUCCCAACGUCCAUCUAAUUUAUCCUCCUCUUAUUCAUCGGCUAUCAAGGUUCCUAUCCAUCGUUUACCGCUUGUUUCUAUUACAGCGCCGUCCGCAGUUAGUGUGAGUGCGAUUACACAUAGUGACGAGACGAACCAAGAAACAAUUGCCGGUGGCGGUAGGAGCCGUGGGAACGGAUUUGGAACGGGGGGCAUGGGCAAAGGUGGCGGGAGUGACUUUGGAGAUGGAGGGAACGGAGGUGAUGGAGGGGACAUAAAUGGAGGGGAUGAAAGUGAUGGAGGGAACGGCAGUGGAGGAAGAGGGCGUGACGGACAUUUUCAGUACGCCAAGCUCCCGCAAGUGGAUACUUACGAGUUCGGCUUUCGCAAGGGUAAUCUGUACAAUUUCAUCGAACGGCAUGAAAGUCGGCACGGACCCCGAUUCCGAACAAAUGUCCUCUGGGGCGAUAAACGAGGCGGUUACGGCGAACAUUACUGGGAAUAUAACCAUAUGGAAAUCACGCCUACGCCGACAACUCCCGGCUAUUCUGAAUACAACGUUAGCAGUCAAUACUAAGAUUUCAACAAAAUUUCAUAUGGUUUGAGAAAAGCAAUUUCUGGCAACGGUCGCAAAGGGCGAUCUAAUUCCUCAUCAUCCUUUGAUUUGUAGAAUGAGCAUUCGUCUGCAAGAAUUCCCACUAUUUUCUGUAGUGGAUGUCAGUUAUCUGCAUUUAUUACUUCGAGCAUCCAGUCGACACCUACAGAGUAAACGCUAUUUUAAAAAAGAAGGUAGGCGCCCAAAAAAGCUUAUACUCAUCAGAAGAGUUUGAGGUUGAUUUCUUUGGGCUAGACUGUCGAUGACGAAUACGAAAUUAUAAUAAGACUAUAUUCAAUUUUCAAAUAAACCGCCAUGGAAGGAUUAGAUUAUUGUAUAUAAGCGAUUCACAAAAAGUCCUAUUAGCCGAAUGAACAGUACUAUGAAAAUGGAUGGUGCAAGCCGUAGCCGACUUGGUCGAAGUUUUGUAAGGGCGUCAAAACAUUUACAAAAUAUUUGUUUGUAACCAGGCCCCUUUUCAAAUUGUAACUGUUUUGCAUUCCGAAAGAAUUUUACUAGAUAGGGCUCUAAGAGAUUUCUGACGCGUACAACAGCAAGCGUCUUGUGCCUAUUUGCCAAGUAUAGGACCAAUUCAACUUUUUUUUUGCAGAACAAGGCAAAGUACUUGUUUCUUGUUUAUUUUCUUGUACUGAUGGCUCACCAAUGUGUAAGUCCGACAGAGCUGUUCGGCUUUCAGGUAUUUAGUUACAUUAUAAUGUUGUAGACGCAAGCCACAAAACGUUAGACUGCUAUGUUUUAUGAUUUGUAUCUAGUAAAAAGUAACUAAUAGUGUUCCUUCUUUGAAAUUUUCGAUGCGCCGCACUAACGUCCACCAAGAGUGGCUUGAAAAUUGUUUUUGAAGUUUUUCGAAUGUGGAUAGUGAGUAGUUCGGUACUCUGUCUUUAAUGCCAUCUGACCACUGAGUUUACCAUCAUAAAAAACCACAUGGAAAUGCCUAUAUAUAUAUAUAUAUAUAUAUAUAUAUAUAUGUGGGUGGAUGUGUAGGCAUUUCCAUUUGAUAUACAGUACGUAAAUUUUGCCAUUGGGUCUGCUAGUGGUAUCAAACUCUAAUUUGCCGAUAUAUUUUUUACCAAAUCUAGUCUCGUAUUCGGCGAUCCACUCCUUAAAUGCUUCCGACGAAUAUUUCAUGUACUUUAAGGUCAAAACUGUUUAGCAGAGUAAAGAGAAUUGAUUUUUUAUCGGCCCAAUAGAGUUUCCGAGAUAAAACUCGUUUGCUGAAGACUGUUGCUGUCGAGAGAAAGAUGAAGCCUCCAAAAUAAAGCGUUUAAGUUUGUUGUUUUAUUUAACUAUGCUGAGUUCAUUAUAGGUUUACUAUAGGAGAGCAUACUUAUACAACUUACUUCACUGCUAUUUCAACUAUGAUUAUUUUUGUUUCUCUAGUUUUUCAUGGUUAGCUACUAUUUAUGGUUAAGUAAAAUUAAACGAUCUUUGGGUUUUGUUUUGCAUUUACAACAUAAAUGACUACUGAAAUAUUUGUAGCUAAUUCUUCAAUUGAUAUUAUUUUACAAUGAACAAAUAAUUUUUAGCAUAUUGAUAAACUUAUGAAUGUAUGAAAAACGCCUGCCGUAAAAUAAGACCAUUGUUUAUUUCUCAUUACGUGUAUAAAUAGUAUGCAUAUUAAGUCAAAACUGCCAGAAAUGUCUUGUUGGUGUCAUUGUACCAUUGAAAAUAGCAGGGAGGUACCUUUGGCGGUAAUCUUUAGAAAAAGGACGUUCGUUUUUCGCUUGAAUUUUCGAGGUCAGUGUGUAUUUACUGUAAAACUGUGCUCCAGGUAGGUUCGGCGUAUUGAAGACUGGGAGUUUCUAUCGCGUUUUGAAAGAUAAGCCCGCGGACUUGAUUGUUUUGAUUGAGCCAACGAUUGCUAUCCCUCAAUUCGAAUUCACUCGUGCUUGAGUUGCAGCAAAGAAGAUGGCAGUCGCCUCACUAUGUCCUCUUGUCCCAUUCUUUUUGUUUUCUCUUUUCCAAGUGUCUGCCACAACCUAUACUCAACAACAAUUAUUUUUCGGUUUGAUGCGCAACUCACGAAAAUAGAAUGUCCUCGUUCCAUGCCGGAAACAGAAAAGGUCUACUAUACUCCAGCAGUCACACGUGUGUACGUAUAUUUACAUGGAGGUAUAUACUGAGCGCUCAUUUCGAAAAUAAUACCAAUAAAGCUAGUGCAAUUGUCGUAUCUUUCUGAGCUCCAAUUCGAACGAUAGAAUGGUUGGGAUGCAGGUACAUAAAGGCCAAAAAUGGCAUAGCAUUGGAAGGAAUAAAAGAAAAUGUGACGUGCACGCCACCGGGCAGGUGUGUAGUUAGGGGUUGGGUGUGUAGUAGGGCUGUGUAGCUAAGGGUUUAGUGGUUCGAUAAUGCGCAUAAUGCGCAUUGGGAAGCACUGCAUUUAUCAGCUGCGGUGGAAUAGCUACUCAAGCUGCGCUUGCUUGUGAAUGCGUGUUGGUGAUGUUCACGCAGCUGCUACUAAGGUUGGUGGGGACCUGGCGACAUGAAUAAUUAUUUAU